GGGACCGAUCCAAUUCGACCGGAGUGGUCGGCGCACCAACUUCACGCUCUCCAUCAGCGAGCUGUCGGAGGGGGGACUGACCCCCGUGGGCCACUGGACCCCCGCCGGAGGAGUUCGGUACUCCAUAGGGGACAGGAUGACGGAGAUCGAGCGCAGUCUGCGCAACAAGACGCUGGUCGUCAUCACCACUGUGAACGAGCCGUACGUGAUGCUGGUGAACGAGUCGGACCCGUCGCUCACCGGCAACGCUCGCUUCGAGGGUUUCUGCAUCGACCUGGUGAACGCCAUCGCCGAGCUGCGCCACUUCCGCGUGCGCUUCGUCGAGUGCGGCGGCUACGGCGGCAUCGACCCGGUGACCGGCGAGGCCAGCGGCAUGGUCAACGAGCUCAUGGAACAGAAAGCUGACAUGGCCGUAACCGAUCUCACCAUUACUUACGAAAGGGAACAAGUGGUUGAUUUCACAAUGCCUUGGAUGAAUUUAGGUAUCGGCAUUUUGUACACGUCACCCCAGAAGGAACCACCGCAGCUGUUCUCGUUUUUGGCGCCUCUGUCACUGGAAGUUUGGCUCUACAUGGCCGCCGCCUAUCUGGGCGUGUCCGUGCUACUGUUCGUCGUAGCCAGGUUCAGUCCGUACGAGUGGGACGUUCCCCACCCGUGUCGGGACCAACAGGACGUGCUGGAGAACCAGUUCAGCUUGGCCAACUCUCUCUGGUUCACCAUCGGCUCGCUGAUGCAGCAGGGAUCCGAGAUCGCCCCAAAGGCGCUCUCCACCCGGAUGAUCGCCGGUCUGUGGUGGUUCUUCACUCUGAUUAUGAUAUCGUCCUAUACGGCCAACCUGGCCGCCUUCCUCACCGUCGAGCGGAUGGUGUCGCCGAUCGAGAGCGCGGAGGACCUCUCCAAACAGACCGAGAUCAAAUACGGAGCCCUCGUGUCCGGGUCCACUAAAAAUUUCUUCCGCGACUCCAAGAUCGCCGCGUACCAGCGCAUGUGGGCGUUCAUGAAAUCGGCGCGUCCGUCCGUGUUCAUCAACAAGUCGUCGGAGGGCGUGGAGCGGGUCAAACGCUCCAACGGCCUGUACGCCUACCUGAUGGAGUCGCCGCAGCUCGAGUACGUGUUGGAGCGGAACUGCGAGCUGCAGCAGGUCGGCGGCCUGCUCGACACCAAGAGCUACGGCAUCGCCCUACCGCCCGGUUCACCGUAUACGUCGUCAAUCAGCAACGCAAUUUUAAUUCUGCAAGAAAAUGGAACCCUACAUGCGCUGAAAACCAAAUGGUGGAAGGAAAGGAAAGGCGGUGGAAUGUGCAAGCGGCGCGCCAAGAAGAGUCCGUCGUCUGCCAGCGAGCUGGGCCUGGACCAGGUGGGUGGCGUGUUCGUGGUGCUGCUGGCCGGCAUGGCGGCCGCCUGCGCCGUGGCCAUCGCAGAGUUCGCCUGGAGGGCGCGCCGCCUGGACCCCACCACCCAGUGUGCCGUCACCAUCCACAUCGUGACGUCGCAGGCGUCCACACAUCAUACUGACGGCAGCCGACUUCGGUGUGCCGCCAACAUCUACAUCAUGACGUCAUAA